ACUGACCCUCGCCCCGCCCCGAGGCCGGGAUCCAGCCUCUGGGCGGUAGUGCGCCUGCGCUUGACGCCCCGCGCUGGUUCCGGGUUUCCGCCUGAGGGCUACCGAGCGGUGCGCGUAUCCCGAGAGCGGACCUUGAUGCUAGCUCUGUGUGCAGUGUAAUUUUAUGAAGAGUCCUGCCCCCUCCAUACAGGAGGAAACGUGUGUCCCUGGGGCCCUCAGCCAAGCGUCCACUAUCUUUCUGGCCCAGCUGGAUUUCAUAGGUCACAAGUGGCUGGCGACUUCCUCUUGAAAAACAUUUGCCGUCGUUUUUCCCUGGCAGAGCCCCUUUGACCCUGGCUAACAAGGACAGCCUGACUUGGAUCCCACUAGGCAGGAAGGAAGGCGACUCUUCCUCGCACCUCUUGCUACGAUUAGGACUUGCGGCUUGGUGAAAACAGGAAUCAAAACUUGGGCCUAUUUCUCCUGAGUUCUGCUUGCCUAGAACAAUUCGUAACAAUGAAUCUUAUUAAAAAGAGAAAGUCAUCCCCGACUUUAUCUUUUUCCGCCCAGAAUCCGAUAAGGAAGACUUGUUCUGGUCCCCUCAGCUCUCUGACCUCAUCUACCAGAGGAGUGAGUGGGAUCCUCUAACACUCCAGCCGUCAUCCCAGCACUAGGGGACAGUGACCAGUGUGGCUCCCGUGGCCAGAACCCUUCUGAAGUUUGGGUUGCCCUGUGGUCUUCGCCUUCAAAGCAGGCCGUCACUUGAAUCCUUCUGGAAUUUACAGAAAUCCUUCUGGAAUUUACAGAAUCCUUCUGGAAUUUACAGUGUUACUGUAAACGCUACGGAAUAGUAUCUUCUAAGUAUUAGUAGCUUCUUUCUUGAGGGAUCUCGGGAACGUUCCGUGUAUUAACCACUAACAUAUUCCAAAGUUAACUUCUUGGUAAAGUCACUGGGGAAAAAAAUAAUUGCUCCAGUUCCACAGGUGAUUGAAACAAACGUGAUUUGUUUCCCAAACUUCCUUGAUGGUAAAGAAUUACUUGGGGUACUAAUUAAAAAUAAAAAUAAUUGCGUCAUUUCCAACCUACUAAAUCAGAGUCUUUAAGGGCAGGUCCUGGGAAGCCAUCCAUGUAAUGGGGGUCCUAAGUGGGCUCUUAUCGGCGAGGGCGGGGACUCGGCGAGAGGGCUGGCAGCGACGGGACAAUCCCCAGACGGCUGCGCGGAUGCGUUUGUUCCUGGAGCUUGCGAGCACUUGCAAUGCACGGACACUUCCACAGGGUGGUGGCCUGCCACCACGAGAGCACCGGCUCCGCCAACGUCCUCUCCAGAGAACACUUUAGAGCAGAAGGAAACGGACAGUUCAGUCUUCCCCUCAGCUUGAAGGCAGCAUUCUUUUGCUUCUCUUUGAGUCAGCCUGUUUCUGCAGGACUGUUCAUAUAGUGAACAGCCUUUGAAGACAGAGGAAGUGUCUCCAGCCACAGCAAAAGGCAGACACGCUUACUAUCCAGUGUAACAAGAAUAUCUCCCUCUGCAGAAAAGGGCAGGUGGAGUUUUCAUUCUCUCAUCCAGCUCCUCGGCCUCAUCGGAACAUUUCCACCACCAUUACUCCUUUGGAAACUGAGAUAGGGUCUCACUGUGUUGGCCAGGUUGAUUGUGAGCUCCCGGCCUCAAGAUAUCCUCGUUGGGAUUUCAAGCAUGAACCACCGCACCCAGCCAAGAGUGGCCCGGUUCCUUCAAGGGGCACAGGAUGUCUUUGCCUUUUUAUCAGAGGUCCCACCAGCACUAUGAUCUCAGCUACCGCAACAAGGACCUCCGCACCACCGUGAGCCACUACCAGCGGGAGAAGAAGCGCUCUGCCAUCUACACCCAGGGCUCCACGGCCUACAGCAGCCGCUCCUCCGCCGCGCACCGCCAGGAAUCCCAGGCCUUCCGUCAGGCGUCCGCCUCCUCCUUCCAGCAGCAGGCCUCGCAGUACGCCCUGAGCUCUGAAGUCAGUCGGAAGGCAGCCUCAGCCUACGAUUAUGGCUCCUCCCAUGGACUUACAGAUUCCAGUCUGCUGUUAGAUGAUUAUUCAUCCAAGUUGAGCCCCAAACCAAAGAGAGCCAAGCACAGCCUUCUGUCUGGAAAAGAGAAAGAAAAUUUGCCCAGUGACUACAUGGUACCCAUUUUCUCAGGACGUCAAAAGCAUGUCAGUGGAAUUACAGAUAGGGAAGAAGAAAGAAUUAAAGAAGCUGCUGCUUAUAUAGCACAGAGGAAUCUUCUUGCUAGUGAGGAAGGAAUCACAACAUCUAAACAGUCCACGGCAUCUAAGCAGACCACGGCAUCUAAGCAGUCCAUGGCAUCCAAGCAGUCCACGGCAUCCAAGCAGUCCAUGGCAUCCAGGCAGUCCAUGGUUUCCAAACAGGCCACAUCCACUCUUCAACAGGAAGAAACUUCUGAAAAGAAGUCAAGGAAAGUUGUGAUUCGAGAAAAGGCAGAACACCUGUCCCUGAGGAAAACAUUAGAAGAAACCGAGGCAUAUCAUGCCAAGUUGAAUGAAGACCAUCUUCUCCAUGCUCCUGAGUUUAUCAUUAAACCUCGCUCCCACACGGUUUGGGAGAAGGAGAAAGUAAAAUUGCAUUGCUCUAUAGCAGGCUGGCCAGAACCUCGUGUCACGUGGUAUAAAAACCAGGUGCCAAUAAAUGUCCAUGCAAACCCUGGAAAGUAUAUUAUUGAGAGUCGAUAUGGAAUGCACACUCUGGAGAUUAAUGCAUGCGAUUUUGAAGAUACAGCUCAGUACCGGGCAUCAGCGAUGAAUGUUAAAGGAGAGCUUUCAGCGUAUGCUUCAGUUGUGGUAAAGAGGUAUAAGGGAGAGUUUGAUGAGACUCGCUUCCAUGCUGGGGCUUCCACCAUGCCCCUCAGCUUUGGUGUGACCCCGUAUGGUUAUGCAUCGAAGUUUGAGAUCCACUUUGAUGACAAAUUUGAUGUGUCUUUUGGGAGAGAGGGAGAGACAAUGAGUCUAGGCUGUCGUGUAGUCAUCACUCCUGAAAUUAAACAUUUCCAGCCAGAGAUCCAGUGGUACAGAAAUGGAGUACCUCUUUCUCCAUCAAAAUGGGUGCAAACACUUUGGAGUGGAGAGCGGGCAACACUGACAUUUUCCCAUCUCAACAAAGAAGAUGAAGGCCUCUAUACAAUCCGUGUACGGAUGGGAGAAUAUUAUGAACAAUAUAGUGCUUAUGUCUUUGUUCGAGAUGCUGAUGCAGAGAUUGAAGGAGCCCCAGCUGCCCCCUUGGAUGUGAAGUGCUUGGAGGCCAACAAAGAUUAUAUCAUCAUCUCCUGGAAACAGCCAGCUGUCGAUGGAGGGAGUCCUAUUCUUGGAUAUUUUAUUGAUAAGUGUGAGGUGGGCACAGAUAGCUGGUCACAGUGCAAUGACACACCUGUGAAGUUUGCUCGUUUUCCUGUCACUGGAUUGAUCGAAGGGCGUUCCUAUAUCUUCCGAGUUCGAGCAGUGAAUAAAACGGGAAUAGGUUUCCCAUCUCGAGUUUCCGAGCCCGUGGCUGCUCUGGAUCCGGCUGAGAAAGCUAGACUUAAAAGUCGCCCCUCAGCACCCUGGACUGGACAGAUCAUUGUUACUGAAGAAGAACCUUCAGAGGGUAUUGUGCCUGGCCCCCCAACAGACCUCUGUGUCACUGAGGCCACCCGGAGCUAUGUGGUGCUCAGCUGGAAGCCCCCUGGCCAGCGUGGUCAUGAGGGCAUUAUGUACUUUGUGGAAAAGUGUGAGGCAGGAACAGAAAACUGGCAGCGAGUGAACACGGAGCUCCCCGUGAAGUCUCCCCGCUUUGCUCUGUUUGACCUGGCCGAGGGGAAAUCCUACUGUUUCCGCGUCCGCUGUUCUAAUUCUGCAGGAGUUGGUGAGCCCUCGGAGGCAACGGAGGUGACUGUGGUAGGGGACAAACUUGAUAUCCCCAAGGCUCCUGGCAAAAUCAUCCCAAGCAGAAACACAGACACCUCAGUGGUAGUUUCGUGGGAGGAGUCCAAAGAUGCCAAAGAGCUGGUCGGGUACUACAUAGAGGCGAGCGUUGCUGGCUCUGGCAAGUGGGAGCCCUGUAACAACAACCCUGUGAAGGGCUCACGAUUUACUUGUCAUGGAUUAGUGACUGGUCAGAGUUAUAUUUUCCGGGUCAGAGCAGUCAAUGCAGCUGGACUUAGUGAAUAUUCCCAGGAUUCAGAAGCUAUUGAAGUCAAAGCUGCUAUUGGGGGAGGAGUGUCUCCAGAUGUGUGUCCCGCACUGAGCGAUGAGCCUGGUGGACUAACCGCCUCCAGGGGGUGCGUGCAUGAAGCCUCCCCGCCAACCUUCCAGAAAGAUGCUUUGCUUGGCAGCAAACCUAACAAACCUUCACUACCCAGUAGCUCUCAAAACCUGAGCAAAACAGAAGUGAGUAAAGUAAGUGAAACAGUUCAGGAAGAGCUUACCCCGCCACCACAGAAAGCGGCUCUUCAGGGGAAAAGUAAGUCUGACCCCCUGAAAAAGAAGACAGACAGAGCACCACCAUCUCCACCCUGUGAUAUCACCUGUCUUGAAAGUUUUCGUGACUCAAUGGUUCUUGGAUGGAAGCAACCAGAUAAGAUUGGAGGGGCAGAAAUUACUGGCUAUUAUGUGAACUAUCGCGAGGUUAUUGAUGGGGUACCAGGAAAAUGGAGAGAAGCCAAUGUCAAGGCUGUCAGUGAGGAGGCAUACAAGAUUAGCAACUUGAAGGAAAACAUGGUGUAUCAGUUCCAAGUGGCAGCCAUGAACAUGGCUGGGCUGGGCGCGCCCUCCGCAGUAAGCGAAUGCUUCAAAUGUGAAGAGUGGACCAUCGCCGUCCCAGGACCACCGCACAGUCUCAAGUGUAGUGAAGUCAGGAAAGACUCACUGGUUCUCCACUGGAAGCCCCCAGUCCACUCCGGGCGGACUCCGGUCACUGGUUACUUUGUGGACUUGAAGGAGGCCAAGGCCAAAGAAGACCAGUGGCGAGGGCUCAAUGAGGCGGCUAUUAAAAACAUGUACCUGAAGGUUCGAGGCCUCAAGGAGGGCGUCAGCUACGUGUUCCGUGUUCGAGCCAUAAACCAGGCGGGAGUUGGGAAGCCGUCUGACCUUGCUGGCCCUGUUGUGGCAGAGACCCGUCCAGGAACCAAAGAGGUUGUUGUAAAUGUGGAUGAUGAUGGAGUCAUUUCAUUGAACUUCGAAUGUGAUAAGAUGACUCCAAAGUCCGAGUUCUCCUGGUCCAAAGAUUAUGUAUCCACUGAGGACUCUCCACGAUUAGAAGUCGAAAGCAAGGGCAACAAGACAAAAAUGACCUUCAAAGACCUUGGGAUGGAUGACUUGGGUAUCUACUCUUGCGAUGUAACAGACACUGAUGGAAUAGCAUCAAGCUACUUAAUAGAUGAGGAAGAAUUGAAACGUUUACUUGCUCUCAGCCAUGACCACAAGUUCCCAACUGUCCCAGUUAAAUCAGAGUUGGCAGUUGAAAUUUUGGAGAAAGGCCAGGUCCGGUUUUGGAUGCAGGCUGAGAAGCUGUCUGGCAAUGCCAAAGUCAACUACAUAUUUAACGAGAAGGAAAUUUUUGAAGGCCCGAAAUAUAAAAUGCAUAUUGACCGAAACACUGGCAUCAUUGAAAUGUUCAUGGAAAAGCUACAGGAUGAGGAUGAGGGAACGUACACUUUCCAGCUUCAAGAUGGAAAAGCAACUAACCAUUCUACUGUUGUUCUCAUUGGAGAUGUUUUCAAAAAGCUCCAGAAAGAAACUGAAUUCCAGCGUCAAGAAUGGAUCAGGAAACAAGGUCCUCACUUUGUUGAGUAUUUGAGCUGGGAAGUGACCGGUGAAUGUAAUGUACUAUUGAAAUGCAAGGUGGCAAAUAUUAAGAAGGAGACUCAUAUUGUGUGGUACAAAGAUGAGAGGGAGAUAUCAGUGGAUGAAAAGCACGACUUUAAGGAUGGUAUUUGUACCCUGCUUAUAACAGAGUUUUCCAAGAAAGAUGCUGGGAUUUAUGAAGUUAUCCUGAAAGAUGACCGAGGAAAAGAUAAGAGCAGACUGAAGCUUGUGGAUGAAGCCUUUAAGGAACUGAUGACGGAAGUAUGCAAAAAAAUAGCUUUGUCUGCUACAGACCUGAAAAUCCAGAGCACAGCUGAGGGCAUCCGACUGUACUCUUUUGUAACUUACUAUGUGGAGGAUUUGAAAGUUAACUGGUCCCACAAUGGGACCGCCAUUAGGUACUCAGACAGAGUUAAGACCGGGGUCACUGGAGAGCAGAUCUGGCUACAAAUCAAUGAGCCCACCCCGAAUGACAAAGGGAAGUACGUCAUGGAGCUCUUUGAUGGCAAAACUGGACAUCAGAAGACAGUGGAUCUCUCUGGACAAGCAUACGACGAGGCCUAUGCUGAAUUCCAGAGGUUGAAACAAGCUGCCAUUGCCGAGAAAAAUCGUGCCCGGGUGUUGGGAGGUCUCCCAGACGUGGUCACCAUCCAGGAGGGGAAGGCCCUUAAUCUCACUUGCAAUGUGUGGGGAGACCCACCCCCGGAGGUCUCGUGGUUGAAGAACGAGAAGGCCCUGGCCUCAGACGACCACUGCAACCUCAAGUUCGAGGCCGGGAAGACCGCGUACUUCACCAUCAACGGCGUGAGCACCGCCGACUCGGGCAAAUACGGGCUGGUUGUGAAGAACAAGUAUGGCUCGGAGACCAGCGACUUCACCGUCAGCGUGUUCAUCCCAGAGGAGGAGGCGAGGAUGGCUGCCUUGGAGUCCCUGAAAGGUGGCAAGAAGGCCAAGUGACCGGAGGUGCGAGGAGAGCCAGCCGGCCUGUGCGACUUGGGUGUGAAUGGUUUGGGUUAAGGAUGAGAUGUCUUCAUGCUUUCUCCUCCCUAUUAUUUUCUGGCUUGAGGGGAAAAUAAUGUCAGAUCUUUCACUCAUAUAAAAAAUCACCAACUAAUGACACUUUAAUUGUUUUUCUUUAUCUACAAAAUUAUGUGUUAAGAAAAUACCAUUCAUAGCAUGAAGAUUAGGAAACAGUUUUAAGGAGAAGACUUGAAUAAAGUUGGAGGGACAUUGAAUGAUGGUCAGAGGGCAGACGAAUGUGUUGUGGGGCAAGUUGGGAUUUGCUGCAGCUGUGAAGCCACGGCUGUGUCUCGUGUGUUGUUACAGAAGUGAUGUGCUUUUUGACGGGCGCCUUGUGGUUUGGAACCUCCUCUGUAUGAAUAAACAGUUUUCACAUCUGUCCUCUUCCCCGA